AUGUCAACAGAGUGCGAACUCCUAGCAAAAAUAUGGUGCUCGCCAACACCUUCAGCACCUCUCGCAAAGGCACUUCACACUGCAUGCCUAUCAUACCUCGAGUCGGUCAAACUGCCAACAUCCUGCUCAAGCCCUAAGACCCCCAGGACUUUACAAAGCCUACCUGCCGAGAUCCAAUUAAUGAUUAUCGGGAAAUUAGGAUUUAUAGGAAAAACUAAACUGCGACAGACGAACCAUUUCUACAACAGCAUCAUUCCAGCUCCUACUCCCACUGACGAAGAACUUCGUGAGUUAAUCCUUGCUACCGAAUCGGAAAAUUAUGCAAUAAGAAAGCAACUAUUAGCUUGUAAUAACUGUUUACGCUUGCAACAUGUAUCCAAAUUCGGAGACACUCAGAAAAUAGGGAAAAGAAUCCGCGAUGGACCGCAGUGCCAUCUUCGUCUCUGCCUGCAGUGUGCAAUAUGGAAGGGAUUAUAUCAGCUUGGUAAAUUUAUCCAAGUGGGCGGAGAGGAUGUGUACAUUUGUCGAUGUAGGAGAGCUACACCAAAGGCAAACCUGCCCUCUAAUUGGCUUACUCAUAAACGAUGUGCGGUUUGUUAUACAAAAAUAGAAAAAUCACGGCAGAGAGAAGACAGCAAGCGCAAGGAUCUAUUGAUGGAAUGUAUGGCAUGGAUGAAAUGCUUCACUGCGGACCAGGUACGAGAAGAACAAAGGGCCCUCUACUUUCAUUUUGGAUCCCGACACGCGGAUUUCUAG